AGUCUGGGAGAGGUCCUGGAGGGUGAGUAUUAUGCGGAAAUACUGGGCUUUUCAGCAGCCACGAGGGAAGAAUAUUUCCACAGGUAUUUUGGGAACGACAAUAAAGCCGACAUGGCCUUCAGGUUUGCCAGAGGUAACAAGAUCCUCUACAGCUUGUGUGUCAUUCCCAUCAUGAGCUGGACUGUCUGUACCGUUCUUGAACAAGAGCUUUACAAGAAGAAAAACCUCGUUGAGUGCUCUAAAGCCACCACAUGGAUGAGCCUGUUUUACCUCUCCUGGUUAAUGAAGUGCAGAGGCAGGGACAACCCACGGUAUCUCCAGCAGCUCCUGCGCAAGAUUUGCUCGUUGGCUGCUGAUGGCAUCUGGAAGCACAAGAUCCUCUUUGAGGAGAAGGAAAUCAAGGGCUGCAGCUUGGACCAGCCAGAUCUUCUCCUUCUCUUCCUCAACGAGAGAAUAUCUCAAAAAGACGUAGACCAUGGGAACGUCUACAGCUUCACUCACCUGCACCUCCAGGAGUUUUUUGUGGCAAUAUUUUAUGUCCUGGAGGACGAUGAGGAAAUUGUCGGCAACUCGGGGGCUCCUGUGAAGGAUGUAAGUAUGUUUUUACAAAGCUACAGCGAGUCCAGGAAGGAUUUGAACUUAACUGGUUGGUUCCUGUUUGGUCUGGUAAGCCAGAAAUCGAUAGAGCACGGACAAAAUCAUAUCAUCGGGGGCAGAAUUUCACCACCAGCCAGGGAACAUAUGCUGAGGUGGCUUCAGAGGAGGCAGAGAGGCAUCUCCCAUCCGGCCAUGGACACUUUCCACUUUUUGUUUGAGAUGAAUGAGAACUUUGUGCAAAACGUGUUGGGUCUUUUCACCGACAUAGACUUGCAGGACAUCAAGCUGACCCUGUACAACCAAAUGGCUCUUUCCUUCUGCAUCAGGCCGUGGAACGGGCUGAGCUGCAUCAUGCUCCAGGGAUGCUCCUUCAACCAUCAGGAUCCCAG